CUCAGGCAUACCAGGCCGCCCAGGAGUUAUUGGUUUUACAGGAGAUAGAGGUGAACCUGGCCUCACUGGAGAUAAAGGAUUACCGGGAAUCGGAUUCAAUAUAACUGAGUAUCUAAUAAAUAACAAUUUCAUAUGAAAGGUCCACCUGGGUACGAUGGACUUCCAGGCCGAAGAGGAUUGGCGGGAUUGCCAGGACUCGAUGGAUUUCCGGGACCGAAAGGAGACAAAGGUUUUCGCGGUGAUGAUUGUGGUUUCUGCCCACCCGGAUAUCCAGGAGACAAAGGAGAGCGAGGAGUAUCAGGUCGACCUGGGUUUAUUGGACCUGCAGGUAUUCGAGGACGAACUGGACCACGAGGUUUGAAAGGAUUCCAGGGUAAACCUGGGCAACAAGGACCGCCAGGACUAAGAGGACCGCCUGGUGCUAAUGGUGAAGCUGGACGAGAUGGACCGAAAGGACAAAAAGGUUAGAUGAAUAAUACUGUUUACUUAGAACUCCUAAUUCAUU